AUGUCCAGGAGACGGCAGGAUCAGCCCGUGGCAGAUCUAGCUUUCUCUGAUCUUAAGCUUCGUCAUCUGAUUAAUCAUGCCUCUGUGGGCAUGUGUCACAUCUCACUGAAUGGCCGAAUGUUUUGGGCUAACGAUCAUUAUUACCGUCUUGCAGGCAAAACUCCAGAAGAACUAGAAGGAAGCCAUGUCUUUUCCAAUAUGCCUUUUGAAGAAGAUCAGAUAAAGGCCAUGGAUGCUUGGGAUGGUCUCCUUGCUGGAAUAGGGCAUGUCAGUAUUGAAGUCCGCUCGCAACGAACAUACGUCCCACCAAGCGGUGACGAGGAACCUGCACAAAUUCAGGUUGUCGCAUUUCCCUAUCCCGAAAAUGGCCACGUGAAGUCUAUCAUGGCUUGUACUACGGAUAUUUCGAGGCUGAAAUGGGCGCAGGAUUACCAUGCUCGAUCCGCGGCUGAAGCAAGAGAAGCAAAACGGCAGCAAGAAGCUUUCAUCGAUGUCGUUUCCCACGAGAUGCGGAAUCCCUUGAGCGCCAUCGUACAUUGCUGUGAUGCUAUUAUUAUGGCGGCGGAAGAGUGCCAGGCGCAGUUGCACAUUACAAAAAUACCAGCACUUUGUCUUGAAGCCCUCAAUGAUAACAGGCAGAGCGCCAAGAUCGUCUUGCAAUGCGCCAGUCAUCAGAAACGCAUUAUCGACGAUAUUUUAACACUCAGCAAACUCAACUCAAUGUUGUUAACUAUCACGCCAGAUGCGGUACAACCUGCAAAGAUGAUUCACUCUAUUGUGGAUAUGUUUGAACCCGAGAUGAGGAGCCAUUCGAUUCACUGGGACAUCAUCGUGGAUGAGUCCAUAGCUGACUUGAACGUAAACCGAGUCUAUCUGGAUCCCUCAAGAAUCACGCAGAUCUUUAUUAAUUUAUUGACGAAUGCCAUUAAGUUUGUCAAGCCUUCAAACAUGGUCACAUCCCACACAACCCCUACUAUCAAUGUGCGCUUCGGCGCCUGCAGAUCAAAUUCACGACAAGCCUUCACGAGUAAAAUGUAUUGGGCUACUGGUCAUCAGGACACCAACGUAACCAAGCACCCAGAAUGGGGAUUUGGGGAGGAGAUUUAUCUCACCUUCAGCGUUCAGGACACUGGAAUUGGCCUUCACAACCAUGAAAUUGAGAAAAUAUUUGAACGCUUCCGGCAGGCCCACGUCAAGACUCAUGUACAGUACGGCGGUAGCGGCCUAGGCCUUUUUAUUUCUAAAGAGCUUGCUGAAAAGCAAGGUGGUGAAAUCGGCGUUUGCUCAGCGCCAGGGCAGGGUUCCACUUUUGGCUUCUACAUCCGGACUCGUCGUGAAGAAAAGCAUCUCCCGAUCAGGCCUAAGGCGAUGCGCAGCGAUGCAGAGACUACAUCGUACCAGAUGAAUGUCUUGCUGGUGGAAGAUAACGUCAUCAACCAACAAGUACCAGGGAAACAGCUGAGAAAGGCUGGGUGCGUAGUGGAAGUCGCGAACCAUGGGCUGGAGGCAUUGCAGAUGCUUGAGCAGGAGAUAUUCGACAUUGUUUUGAUGGAUUCUGAGAUGCCAAUACUAGAUGGCUUAGCCGCCACACGAUCUAUCCGAGAGCAGGAGAUGAUGGGCCAAGGCUUAUUAGGCCGGGCGACGGCACUCGGUGCACAAGCUGGAGCUCGAUUACCUAUCAUUGCUGUUACAGCGAACGUUCGCAAAGAGCAAAUUGAUCAGGCAAUCGCUGCUGGUGCGGACCACGUUGUUCAGAAACCAUUCAAGGCCAAAGAUUUAGUUCAUAUAACGGAGCAAUAUGUCGCAGUGGCAAAACGCUCUCCGGUCAAAGGCUGA